UCUGGGCGGGCGGACAGCCGGAGGCGGUGCUGACCCUAUUGCAGGCCGGGCCCCGGGCCCCCUACGUGGGGCGGAGCCGAGGGCACCCACAGGCAGCAGAGGGCGGGGGGCGGGGAGGAGACAGAGGGCGGGCGCGGGCGGGGGGUAGGGGGGAGGUGACUCAGCCUCGGCAGCCGCGGCCUCCGCUGCUGCUGCUGCCUCCGCCACCGCUGGCGCCUCCGCCGCCUCCGGCUUUCUUGGUGCGUGCCUCUGCUCGCUCCGCUGGCCGGGCGAGGGGAGAAAAUGGCGCUGCCCCCGGCCGCCGAGGCGGCGGCCCUGAGCCCCCCGGAGCCGCCCGGGCAGCCCGACGCCGAGGAGCCGCUAGCUAUGAAGCGCCUGGCGGAGUUGAGGCCGGAGCCCGGAGGGGUCCCCCUGCACUCCCCCUGGACCUUCUGGCUCGACAGGUCCCUCCCUGGUACCACAGCAGCUGAAUGUGCUUCAAACUUGAAGAAAAUCUACACAGUGCAAACAGUGCAGAUAUUCUGGAGUGUGUACAAUAAUAUUCCUCCUGUGACUAACCUGCCUCUAAGAUGUAGUUAUCAUUUAAUGAGGGGAGAGAGAAGACCACUCUGGGAAGAAGAAAGCAAUGCAAAGGGUGGUGUAUGGAAAAUGAAAGUCCCUAAGGAAAGCACGCCCACAGUUUGGAAAGAGUUGUUGUUAGCAACAAUCGGGGAACAGUUUACAGAUUGUUCUACAGCAGAUGAUGAUGUAAUAGGGGUUAGUGUGAGUGUCCGUGAUCGAGAAGACGUUGUUCAAGUCUGGAAUGUGAAUGCUUCUUUAGCAAGUGAAGCAACAGUCUUAGAAAAGAUCUAUGAACUCUUGCCACACAUAUCUUUCAAAGCAGUAUUUUAUAAACCCCAUGAAGAACAUCAUGCUUUUGAAGGUGGACGUGGAAAACAUUAAUUGCACUCUGUACAGAAUUCUUUGUCCUUGCUGGUUGGUUUUGGACAUGAUUUAAGCAGGAGGGAGAGUGGAGAAAAGACUUACUGGAGCAAGAUGCUGCCAUUUUAGAUGUGUUUUUUAUCCUCUCAGAUUGGGCAAUUAGCUCUCCAACUUGCAGAUGGCAAAGGAUUUGUGUUGACUUCUAACGUGAUAUUACUUGCUUUGGGCCUUUUAGAUUCUUUCUCUGUUCUUUUCAUUCUGGUUGUUAUUUCUCCCAUCUUUUUAGUUUCUCUUCAAUCUAAUUAUUGUUUUACAUAGACCUGUCUCCUUGAGGUACAAGGUUCUGGUUUCUCUUAAAAGGGCAAAUAGGCACAGCCCUGACAAUGCUGCUCUUCCCGAUCAUGUUAUCCAUAAAGGAGACUGGCUUGGGGAACCAGGCAUUUUAAUUUUUUGUGGUGAAACAUUCCUAUCAAAAAAUUUUUUUUGCUCAUUUUUUUGUUUCAGGAGAAAGGGAAAUUGUACUACAUGUUCUAACGUAAAGUGAUCUGAUUUUGCACUGACAAGAGUACAAGCAUUGGUGGGUUAAAGGUUUGGAGUUAGGGGAAUUUUGUUUGUUUUUUUACAAAACAUAAGAUCAAAAAAUGAUUUAUGGUGAAUACCAUGAGUACCUUUUCACAAUGAUCCACUCUGGGAAUAUUUUUAACCAGGACCUCAUUUGGUUUUUUGAAAGCAUUACUUAAGAAUAUAAGAGGGGGCUUUCACUUCAUAGGAAACCUGAUGCUUCUUUUGAAAAAGGGAGGUGAUAAUGUAAUUGCUCUGAAUUAAGUUUGUUGCCUUCUGAAUUUGGGGUAUAGGUACCUACUUAAGGUUUUUCAAAUCAAUCCUAAAGCAUUUUGCUAAAUGGAUUUUCAUUUUUAAUUUGUGUUCUGUGUAGUUUCACAUUAUUGAUAGUGCUCUAAGGGAGCACUUUUUUUCCCCUCCCUUUUUCAUUUAGGAACAGAAAGUUAAUUCUCAUUUGCAGUGUAAAUGUGAAUAUUUACAAAGUUGAACUCUGACUGCAUUUUAUCCAUAUUAAUUAUUGGAAUUGUUGAUGUAUUUUAUUAUAUUACCAAAGAACUAUUAAUUUUAGCUGUUUGGGGUUUUUGUUUUUGUUUUUAUUUUUUUUUUUUAAAUAAGAAACUGCAGAGUAGAAACAAAUGUACAGGCUCUUCUUUCCCCCCCACUGAAUGACAUUAGUGUUUUCACUUGGGAAUUGUUCAUAUUGCACUGAUAUCCAUAUCUUUUUUCUAGAAAGUCUUUGUCUAUACCUACCUGGAAAAAGCACAAGAAUUUUUGGUGUGCUUUUUUUUUUUAAACUGUUUCUUUUUUUUUUUUUUUUUGCUCUAUUUCAGGAUUAUUGGCAAGUAACAUAAGGUUAUAAAUCUUGUAACAGGGCAAAGGAUUCAGCACCACUGUUUUGCCCAAUAUUUCUAACUCCUCUUUGCAAAGUUGAACAGCAAAGAUGUGAUUUAAAAUAGUCAUCAGAAAUAUAUGUUUAUAAAUAAAUAAAGUUUUCCAUUUAACAUUUUUAGAAUUCCAGCUGUAUUUAUAAAUAAUAAAUUGUGCAGUUCACUUACAUUAUCAAUAAAAAACUUUCUAAAA